AUGGCCUCUCAUGAGGUCACCGAAUAUCCCAAUCUAUUUCGCUCCGAGGCUAUGAGCCUAGUGCAGUUGUUUGUGCCCACCGAAGUCGCACAUGAUACUGUCGCUGAGCUUGGAGAACUCGGUAAUGUUCAGUUCAAAGACUUGAACCCCGAUGUCAACACCUUCCAACGCUCCUUCAUCGGCGAAAUUCGUCGCGUCGACGAAAUGUCAAGGCGCGUUCGUUUCUUCUCCAGCCAAAUCGACAAGGAGAAGGACAAAAUUCCAGUUCGACCUCUGUACGACUCUGCGCCUCUCAUCACCGUUGGUCCUCGCGCGGCGCAGACUAUGGACGAGUUGGACGUCACCUUGUCUGAGCACGAGUCGAGACUGUCACAGAUGAACGAGAGUUACGAGGUGCUCAGCGGUCGUUUGCGUGAGCUCGUUGAGGCCAGGCAUGUCCUGAGGGAGACUGCAGUCUUCUUCGACAGGGCUGAGGUCAACCAGUCCGAGAUGAGACCCUCGCUCGAUGACGCCGCUGCCCCAUUGCUGCAACACGAAGAUCGCGAGAAUCAGUUCUCUGCCUCCAAUGUUCAGUUCGAUCUCGAGUUCGUUGCUGGUACCAUUGACCGCGCUCGGCUUCCCACCUUUGAACGUGUGCUCUGGCGUGUUCUCCGUGGCAAUCUGUACAUGAACCAUACCGACAUCACUGAACCUUUUGUCGACCCUUCGACUGGUUCCGAGACGCGCAAGAACGUCUUCAUCAUCUUCGCUCAUGGCGAGGCGCUCCUCGCUAAGAUUCGCAAGGUCGCCGAGUCUAUGGGUGCCACCAUCUAUCCCAUUGACGCCAACGCUGAUAAGCGCGUCGACUCACUCCGUGAGGUGAAUGGUCGCAUUGAAGAUCUUGAGAUGGUCCUCUACAACACCGGUUCCACGCGGAGGACCGAAUUGUUAAAGAUUGGAGAGAAUUUGGCUAGCUGGCAGGACGUAGUUAGGAAGGAGAAGGCCAUCUAUGAGACGCUCAACCUCUUCAAUUACGAUGUCAGAAGGAAGACACUCAUCGCGGAGGGUUGGUGUCCGACGAGGGAUAUCGCAACGAUCCAGUUGGCUCUUCGCCAUGCUACGGAGGAGUCCGGCACGAGUGUGCCUCCCAUUCUGCAUGAGCUUCGCACUAGCAAGACUCCUCCCACAUUCCAGCGGACGAACAAGUUCACCGAAGGUUUCCAGACUAUCAUGGACAGCUACGGUAUCGCUACGUACCAGGAGGUCAACCCGGGUCUCUUUGCCGUCAUCACCUUCCCGUUCCUGUUCGCGGUCAUGUUCGGAGACAUUGGCCACGGUAUCAUCGUCUUCGUCGCCGGCAUUCUCAUGAUCUUGAACGAGAGGAAGCUUGCGCGUGCAGACCUAGGAGAGAUCUUUGGCACUUUCUUCUAUGGACGCUACAUUAUUCUUCUCAUGGGUGCCUUCUCGAUAUACACCGGCUUCAUUUACAACGACGUAUUCUCAAAGUCACUGGACAUCUGGCAGUCUGGCUGGGAAUGGCCAGAUGCGGACGAGGGCAUUAUCGAGGCUCGUCCAAACGGCGGCGUAUAUCCGUUCGGUUUGGAUCCCGGUUGGCAUGGGGCAGACAACGCACUCAUCUUCACGAACUCAUACAAGAUGAAGAUGUCCAUCGUCCUUGGUGUUAUCCAUAUGACGUUCGCGCUUUGCCUCCAAGUCCCGAACCACCUCCGAUUCAAGCGCCCUCUCGAUAUCUGGACCAACUUCGUUCCUCAGUUACUUUUCCUUCAGAGCAUUUUCGGAUACCUCGUCAUCUGUAUCAUCUACAAGUGGUCGGUCGACUGGGAAAAGGCCAAUGCUCAGCCACCCAGUCUAUUGAACAUGCUUAUUGCUAUGUUCCUGUCUCCCGGAACGAUUCCCGACGACUCUCAUUUGUACAGUGGGCAGAGCAUCGUUCAGAGCAUCUUGGUGCUCAUCGCCCUUGUUUGUGUUCCUUGGAUGCUGUGUGUCAAGCCAUACUUGCAAUACAAGGAGAUGAAGAAGAUUCAGGACCAGGGUUAUGUUGGCGUUGGGCAAGGAGAUGGAAUGGACCACGUCCCGAGCAGGGCUGACGACGACGUUCUUCAAGGCGAAGAGGAGGGUAAUGGACGAGCCAUUGCUGAAGACGCAGAUGAUGAAGAGCAUGAGCAACACGACUUUGGCGAGGUGGUGAUCCAUCAGAUCAUUCACACCAUCGAGUUCUGCCUUGGUUGUAUAUCCCACACCGCGUCGUACCUUCGUCUUUGGGCUCUUUCCCUCGCCCAUGCUCAGCUCUCCGAGGUGUUAUGGGAUAUGACCCUGGAGAAUGUGCUUGGGAUGAGUGGAGCACUGGGAAUCGUCGCACUAAUCAUCGUAGGGAUACUGUGGUUCGUCCUGACCAUAUUCAUUCUCUGUAUCAUGGAGGGUCUUAGUGCGUUCCUCCACGCGCUGCGUCUGCACUGGGUCGAGGCGAACAGCAAGCACUACGAGGCCGGUGGAUACCAAUUCGUGCCGCUCAGCUUCGCGAGUCUCGAAGAGAAAGAGUGAGGGGGAUUUGCCAGCGAGCUUACAGGCUGGAAGUUACUGUCUUUUCACAGCGCUACGAUCAACGCGGCCUGUAACUAUUGGUUGAUGGUUUAUGCAUAAGCUUCGAACGGAAGUAGUACAUGUCCAAUGCCAGAUGAACUGCGU